AUGGCUUCUACUUCCAAAGGAAAGCCUGAUUUGAUUGGAACGGUCACUCCACCGUGGGGUUAUGUCUUCGUCCAGUUCAUCGAGUACCAACAAGGAAGCUCCCUCAUCCCUGUAGACUACCUCGAACUUGUCGACCGGCUCUUUGACAUCGGUACGCGAGUCAAGAAACGUCCCCAGAGCCCCAUGAGCGGUACGGUCGUCAGCACAUCAGUGAAAUGUAGCCUCCGGCCAAUCGCCUAUCAGCCGGUCAAUCCGCGAACUGGAGACUACGGUCCGUUGAAGCUCUCGGACAAGCCCAACGUUCGUGCCAUCUGGCCGUCAGCUGCGGAUUCGAGUGAUGACGGCCCUCCGGAGCUGCAUGACGUGCCAAUGAUAGAGCUUAUCAACAAUGAACCAUUCUGCAGCAAUGACUUUCUGAUCUAUCGACAGAAUUUGGGCAGAAUCGAGCGUCUCGAGCGUCAGGCGUUUUUAUUGCUUGAGAACCAAAAUGUCACUACAAUUCAUAAUUUCAACCGCAUCGAAACUCCUUGGGCAGAUCCCGGCCAGUAUGCUAUCACGUCUGCAAGCAACCUGAACCAAAACGAUCUGAAGUCGUCUGAGGGCGCUUAUGUUUUGCCUGAAGGCUACAUACUGGCCACGCCUGCAACGCGCUAUACUAUCAAUUGGAUCUGUCCGAAUGUUUUCGCCGUGGGCGCGCCUUUACAGGUCCCACCUGCGAGAGUAUUGGGGCUGCUACAAUCCACGAACAUGCUAACCGGAGAUUUGGUUCGGUUUCGGGAUCCACUGAAUGCGACUCGGAAAUACACCCUGUAUCGGCGCAUCCCAACCGAUGAGUCUUUCGGAUACGAUCUGAACAUUCUACAGAUCAUGUCUACUAAAACCGAAGUCACUGUUAAAUGGCAAGACGGAAGUAUCACCGCCGAAGAACCCGCCUGUUUACAAACGUUCGAUCAAGCCAAUGAGGAGUUAUUUCCUGGGAACGUGGUCGCCUUGAAAGAAAUGAUUGAGAUACUUCAUAAACCUCCGCCUCUCAAGAUGCUCCCUUUGCAUCUCAAUGAAUCUGGGUUCAUGGUGGAAAGUUACCGGCUAAAGAAGGUCGGCGUAGUCCAAACCGUUGAUGGCGAGGGACGGAUAGCCUCGGGUAAGAUAAUGAAACCUGGCUCGUCUCUCGGAGUUCUCGGUUCGGCUGUGACAGAUGUGUUUUGCUACGAGCUCGCUGCCUACCCGUGCUUGAACCCGUGGCUUGACGACAUGGUGCAUCUUGUCCCCGGCAGCGUUCACCAGGCAACAUUAUCACCACAUCCCCUGCGUCCGGACUUCGGGUCUGCGGGCCUCUGCCAGAUGAAAUCCAUCAUGCCGAGCAAAUUAUCCCAGACGUCGACUUAUCUUUCGUUCAUGAAGAUGAGCGUCACACACACCGAAUGGUUCAAGAACUCAAUCUUCAUCGAUACCUCUUCCCUGCCUUCUCGGUUUAGCCUUAAUUACACCGAAUUCAACGACAAGAAGCCCGCGAGUUUCGUCGGAAAUGUUAUUUCCGUAGAUACCGAUGGACAAAUUACGGUUCGGCUUGCAGCUGCUAAAAAUUGCCGUGAUAUCCGUGUCUCGCUGGAGAGGCUGAUGUUGGUGGUUGAUGGAGAUGCGAUUUCAUCGGAGAAAUUCCCAGAAUGCGAUUUUCCUAGCUCUCUUUCCGAUGCUCUACAAGAAUACCUCAAAGCUAUACUAGAUGGGUUAUUGUGGGAUUCUGGUGUUCCACCAUUCGCUGAUUCUGUUAACGGCGGUGAAGAUCAUUCGUUCACGGAAUCUGGCACCGAGAUUGAAGGAGAUAGCAAUGUUGAAUACAUUGAAGGGGACGGCAUUGGCGCUAAUAUCGAAUACGAUGAUCAAUUCGAGUCACCUGUGACUGCUAACAUUAUGCCUUCAGAGGAGCCCGGAACUCAUGAGGAAUCCGAAGAUCUUAUGGAUCUGGCUGAAUUGGGAGUAUCUCUAGCACGGCCAUUCUCGCCAGCAGAAUGCCCUUCGGCGUUCGCGCUGCUAGAAGGUCCGCCUCCAUCAGACCAUCAUUUCUUAACCGGCGGCCAGAAAGACAACCUCGGACAGAUCAACCAGAAUCUGUAUGAUGACGGACAUAUUUGUCUUAGUAUUUUGGGGACGUGGACGGCAGAGAACCCGGAGGAAGGCUGGUCAGAUACCAAAUCAACAGUCUUGCAAAUUCUUGUGUCCAUCAUGGGGCUUGUGCUGGUGAAGGAACCAUUUUACAACGAAGCUGGCUACGAAGCCUUUGCGGAAGGCGGUAAUAAGAUACUCGAAUUCGCACAAUACACAGAAAAGGCGUUCUUGAUGACCCGCAAGUUUAUUCAGCAUGCGCUUCAGCAUCCUGUCGCUGGUAUGGAGAAUGUUAUAGCAUGGCACUACUUUCCGGCCUCGACACCGCAAGACGGGGACAACGUGCGCCCACGAUUGUUGUGUCGAGCUAUCGAGGAAGGCCUGAAAAUGAUCCAGCACCAUAAUCGCACGCGCCCCAGCGAUGGGCUUGAUGAAACGAACGUGGCAUCGGCCUUUAUCCCGCAACAAGCAUCCACUGGCCGAGCCGGCUGCCAGAACAAAGAAUGCAAGGACGCCAAAGUCAAGAUCCUCAAGGGCGAGCUGCGCCUCGGUACUUUUGUUGAUAACGAACGAUUCCAAAGCUUCUUCUGGAGACAUUGGGGAUGCGUGACGCCCAAGAUCGUUUCUCACAUGCAAGAAACCAUUGCCGACGAGGGCGACGGUGACCUGUCUACCAUCGAUGGCUUCGAGGACUUGCCUGAAGAACAUCAGGACAAGAUUCGCAAGGCUAUCGAGCAGGGCCAUGUUGACGAUGAAGAUUGGAAGGGGGAUGUGGAGAUGAACAGACCCGGCAAAAAUGGGUUCCGUCAGCGUGCGACCAAGAAGAAGGCCAAGGCCGAUGAGGAUGAUGAACCCGCGGAAGAAAAAGAACCCGUCAAACCCAAGAAACGCACCGCCAAGGCGGCCAAGAACGAUGAGACCGACGAUGAGGCUCCCAAGGUCAAAAAGACCAAAACGGCCGGUCGGCCCAAGAAGGUCGUCGAGAGCGAGAGAGAUACCGAGAGCGAGGAUAGCGAAGCCGCCACCCCUGCCAAAUCCAAGGCCAAGCCGGCUGCCCGCAAGGGACGCGCCGCUGCUAAGGCAACCCCGGAGAAGAAACCCGCUGCCGGUACUAGAACGGGUGGCAGACGUCAGAAGAAGGCCGUCGCGGAGGAUGAAGGAGAGGCUGAAGCUCAGGCCGAACCUGAGCCCGAGCCUGCUGUGGAGGAGAAGCCCAAGCGCGGCCGCAAGAAGAAGUCUGCUUAG